AUGAGCGUUGCUAUUUCGGUUUCGAUCGCCGCGUCCGCCACUCUUGCUGAACCGGUCGUGGUUCAUCAGGCUGAUGACACACUGACCCCUGAGCGAUUCAACCUUCAGGAUAUUGAUGUGGCGCAUCCGGAUCUUGCGUUUGAUCUGGAUGCAGAAACAUUGAGCGGUGGCGCUCUGGGAUCAAACUAUCGUCCGGUGGUGAUUGAGAACGGGACUGAGUGCUUUGGUGCAUUUCCUGGGAAUCUGUUCACUGAAGCCGCGGAUAUUGGGUUUAUGAAUAUCACUGCGGGCACGAUCGUCGAUGCGGCGACUGGUGGCUGGGUGUAUACCGAGCCUUUGUGUGAUGUUGGGAGUGUGCUUGAUGUUGUGCAGCACAUGAAUCCUGGUGAUCCAUUCUGUGAACCAGGAUGUAUGUUCGAAACUUCGAACUAUUCCGGAGAUGGCGUGCUGUACAUCCCGUUCCGUUGGCGCAAUGACGGCGAAACUGAUUGGUACUACGGCUGGAGCGCCUUUGAGGUGACUGAGCAGUACUCAGGAGAGUGCGCUUUCACUUGUGUUCCUGACAAGACCAAUCCGAUGUUCGAUGUUCAGUUCCGCUGGAUCGCGGCAGGAUACGAAACGGAACCCAAUACCGGGAUCGUUACAGGCGGCGGGCUGUGCAGGGCGGACCUGAACUUUACAGGAUCGCUCAACUUCCUCGAUGUGUCAGACUUCUUAUCCAAAUACGGCGACGGGGAUCUGGCCGUGGACUUUACUGGUGAUGGCAACCUAAACUUCCUUGAUGUUUCGGAGUUCUUGAAUCAGUACGGCGAUUGUGAGUUCUGCUCGGUUAGCAGGCUAUGCUUGACGCCCUCCGGAUGGAAACCGGGGAUAUGGAAGGACAUCGACAUGAAGAACGACACCCACCCAACCUACUACCCGUCAUGCAAGGUCUACUACAACGGCGAGGUCGUGAUGACUGUCGGCGCUACGGUUCCAGAGCUCAAAGUGGAUGUCUGGUCUGGUUCACACCCGUUCUUUACCGGCAAAUCAACCUUUGUUGACGCUGCGGGUCGUGUUGAGAAGUUCCAGAAGAAGUUUGCUGGCAACUACUUCAAGAAAGACAAGUAA